AUGUUCACACGUCCUUCCUCUCCUCUGCCCUCCACCCUCCUCCUCCUCGCCACCCUCCUCCAGCUCGGCCUCUCCUUCUACGUCCCCGACUCCGGCCCCCUGCUGUGGCUGGGCGACCAGGUCAGGGAGAGACACCUCUACACAGAGAGCCACCGGAGGGGGCUGUUCCUGGAGAUGAGCCCGGACGGUCAGGUGACAGGAAGUGCUGCUCAGACGCCGCUCAGUGUUCUGGAGCUGAGGUCGGUCAGAGCAGGCGAUACGGUCAUCAGAGCGCGCCUCUCCUCUCUCUACCUGUGUGUGGACAGGGCAGGUCACCUGACAGGACAGAGACAGUACACAGAGUCCGACUGCACCUUCAGAGAGGUCAUCCUUGAGGACGGCUACACCCACUUCCUGUCCGUGCACCACAGACUUCCUAUUUCGCUGGCGCCGAGACACUCCCCAGGGAGACAGGGGCUGCGCUUCAGCAGGUUCCUCCCGCUGAGGAGCAGUCUGUCAGAGGAGAGGGUCGCCGAGGCCCCCCAGACAGCCCAGGCCCUGAACCUGGACUCUGAAGACCCCCUGGGGAUGGGUCUGGGUUCGCUCCUCAGCCCGGCCUUCUCCAUGGACACCUAA